CCCGUGCGCAGGGAGCUCUACUCGCAGUGCUUCGAUGAAUUGAUCCGUGAAACCACAGUUAACUGUGCAGAGCAAGGACUGUUGCUGCUUCGAGUCAGGGAUGAAAUCCAAAUGACAAUUGCUGCUUAUCAGACGUUGUAUGAGAGCAGUGUUGCGUUUGGCAUGCGGAAGGCACUACAAGCUGAGCAAGGCAAAUCUGACAUGGAAAAAAGAAUUGCAGAGCUAGAAAAGGAAAAGCAGGAGUUGGAAAAGCAAGUGAGUGAAGAGAAAGCUAAAUGCAAAGCUAUUGAAAAACGUAAAAAUGAAAGUCAACAGAUCCAAGAAAAGAAACACAUUGAAGAGGUUCAGUUCCUGAAACAAAAAAAUCAACAGCUGAAGGCCCAACUUGAAAAGUAUCAUUGCACCAAAUAA